AACUGGCUUGUACUCCGAAGUCUCUUAUUGGUACAUUCUGCAGAAAGUUUUUGUGCUUUGUGGAAUGAACUUUUUGUCUUAUGCUUCAUUCGUACCUACAUGAUAAUGAACUAGUUAGCCCUGUAAUCAGGAAGUAUGCAAAGUUUUGAAUCUUAGAAGAGAAAGUGAAAGCAAUAAUAAAGUGUCCUCCAUUCAAAUCUGCAGCAGCGUGAAUCAAGAUUAAAUCUAUCUAUUUGAAACAUUGUUUGGAUCUUGGAUGAUGUAACUGAGGCCAAGUGUGAUGAAGAACUAUGAGAUUUACCCUGAAUGUUAGCUUGUAUUUUAAAGAAUAGAUUUAAUAUUCCACUCUUCAGCAAUGAUUAAUUCACAGAGAAAACUAUUAUUUAAUAUUUACAUAGGAUUUUGCUGCUCAGAMGUAAUCCUGCCCAAACUAUGCAUUUGUUCUCAGUUCUCAGUAUCAUCUAGUUAUCARUCCAGUGAGGACCCUGGGGCUUUCRCAGUAGCCACCAAUGGGGAGCCAUUUCCUUGGUAUCAGCUAAGGCUCCCAAACAGUGUCAUUCCUCUCCACUAUGACCUUUUUGUCCACCCAAAUCUCACUUCUCUGGACUUUGUUGCAUCUGAGAUGAUUGAGAUUUUGGUCAGAGAUACCACCCAAUUUAUCAUCUUGCAYUGCAAAGAUCUUGAAAUCAUGAAUGCCACCCUUCAGUCAGAGGAAGAUUUAAGASAUAAGAAACCAGGGCAAAAGCUUCAAGUUUUGAGUUAUCCUGCUCAUGAGCAAAUUGCACUAYUGGUUCCAGAGAAACUUAUGGCUGACCUGAGAUACUAUGUAGCUAUUGACUUUCAGGGCAAGUUAGCUAAUGGCUUUGAAGGGUUUUAUAAAAGCACCUACAGAACUCUACRUGGUGAAACAAGAAUAAUUGCAGUAACAGAUUUUCAGCCAACCCAGGCACGUAUGGCUUUUCCUUGCUUUGAUGAACCAUUGUUCAAAGCCAACUUUUCAAUCAAGAUAAGAAGAGAGAGCAGACACAUCGCACUAUCCAACAUGCCAAAGGUUAAAACAAUUGAACUUCAAGGAGGCCUCUUAGAAGACCACUUUGCAACUACUGUGAAAAUGAGUACCUACCUUGUAGCCUAUAUAGUUUGUGAUUUCAACUCUGUGAGUGGCACAACCUYAUCAGGGGUCAAGGUGUCCAUCUAUGCAUCCCCAGACAAAUGGAAUCAAAUGCAUUAUGCUUUGCAAGCAUCACUGAAGCUACUUGAUUUUUAUGAAAAGUACUUUGAUAUCAACUAUCCACUCCCCAAACUGGAUUUAGUUGCUAUUCCGGACUUUGGGCCUGGAGCUAUGGAAAAUUGGGGCCUUAUUACAUAUAGAGAGACAUCAUUGCUCUUUGAUCCCAGAACUUCUUCUGUUUCUGAUAAAAUGUGGAUCACAAAAGUCAUAGCCCAUGAACUAGCACACCAGUGGUUUGGAAACCUGGUUACAAUGGAAUGGUGGAAUGAUAUCUGGCUUAAUGAGGGUUUUGCAAAUUACAUGGAACUUAUCUCUGUCAAUGCUACAUAUCCAGAACUGCAAUUUGAUGACUACUUUUUCAAUGUGUGUUAUGAAGUAAUCACAAGAGAUUCAUUGAAUUCAUCUCGUCCCAUCUCCAAACCAGCAGAAACUCCUACUCAGAUACAGGAAAUGUUUGAUGCAGUUUCUUAUAACAAGGGAGCUUGCAUUUUGAAUAUGCUCAAGGAUUUCCUGGGUGAGGAGAAAUUCCAGGAAGGCAUAAUUCACUACUUAAAGAAGUUCAGCUAUAGAAAUGCUAAGAAUGAUGACUUGUGGGGCAGUCUGUCAAAUAGUUGUUUAGAAGGUGAUUUUACAUCUGGUGGAAUUUGUUAUUCUGAUUCCCAGGUGAAAAGUGACACACUUGCUUUUCUGGAGGAAAAUAAGAUCAAAGAGAUGAUGACUACAUGGACUCUCCAGAAAGGAAUCCCCCUGGUGGUGGUUAAACAAGAUGGGUGUUCACUCAGCAUACAACAGGAGCGCUUUCUGGAGGGAGUUUUCAAAGAGGACCCCGAAUGGAGGGCCCUGCAGGAAAGGUUCCUGUGGCACAUCCCACUGACCUACUCUACGAGUUCCUCGAACACGAUUCAUAGACAUAUUCUAAAAUCAAAGACAGAUACUCUGGACUUAGCUGAAAAAACCACUUGGGUAAAAUUCAAUGUGGAUUCAAAUGGCUACUACCUGGUUCAUUAUGAAGGGCAUGGAUGGGACCAACUGAUUACUCAGCUGAACCAGAACCAUACGCUUCUCAGGCCUAAGGACAGAAUAGGUCUGAUUCAUGAUGCCUUUCAGCUGGUUAGUGCAGGAAGGUUGACCUUGGACAAAGCCCUGAACCUGACUCGCUAUCUCCAACAUGAAACAAGCAGCCCUAUACUUCUUAAAGGUCUGAGUUAUUUAGAAUUGUUAUACGACAUGAUGGACAGAAGGAAUAUUUCAGACGUCUCUGAAAAUCUCAAGCGUUACCUUCUCUGGUAUUUUAAGCAAAUGAUUGACAGACAAAGCUGGAGCGACGAGGGCUCAGCCUGGGACAGGAUGCUUCGCUCGGUGCUCCUGAGGCUGGCUUGUGACCUGGGCCAUGCUCCCUGCAUCCAGAAGGCCGCUGAGCUCUUCUCACAGUGGAUGGAAUCCAGUGGAAAGUUAAAUAUUCCAACAGAUGUUUUAAAGAUUGUAUAUUCUGUGGGUGCUCAGACAACAGCAGGAUGGAAUUACCUUUUAGAGCAAUAUGAACUGUCAGUUUCAAGUGCUGAAAAAAACAAAAUUCUGUAUGCAUUAUCAACGAGCAGGCAUCAGGGAAAGCUGGUAAAGUUAAUUGAGCUUGGAAUGGAAGGAAAGGUUAUCAAGACACAAGACUUGGCAGCUCUCCUUCAUGCAAUUGCCAGAAAUCCAAAGGGUCAGCAGUUAGCCUGGAAUUUUGUAAGAGCAAAUUGGACUGAUCUCCUAAAAAAAUUUGACUUGGGCUCAUUUGCCAUGAGAACCAUCAUCUCUAGCACAACAUCUUUCUUUUCUUCCAAGAAUGAGUUGCAAGAGGUAAAACAAUUCUUUGAAUCUCUUUCGGCCCAAGGAUCACAUCUGGAUAUUUUUCAAAUUGUUCUGGAAACCAUAACCAAAAAUAUUAAAUGGCUGGAGAAGAAUCUUCCCACUCUGAGGACCUGGCUACUAGUUAAUAUUUAAAUGGUCAACAGAAAGAGAACAGCAGAUGCAGGUUUCCUCCGAAUUAAGUAAGAAAAACAGCUGCAAGGCUCAAGGCAGAGUUCUGGCUAUUUUAUCUAACCAGUAGAGAGUCUCAAAAAAAUCAAAGGGGAAUGAAGGGAAGGGAAGGGGGAUGGAAAUAGGAAAGACAAUAGAAAGAAUCAGAUGUAACUUUUUUUUGCUCAUAUAUAAAUAUACAACUAGUGUAAUUGCACAUCAAGUUUAACCACAAGAAUGGGAUCCUAGUUGAAAUUGGUUGUCCUCCAUGUCUGUAUAAUAUGUCAAAAUACACCCGUCUGUCAUGUAUAUCUAAAAACAAAUAAACAAACAAACAACUAAAACCACAUCAAAUAAAGAAGCAGAAAAUGGGGGAGGGGGAACGUAGCUGCUGCUCAGCUAUCAUAUUCAGUUGACAAAUGAAGGAUGUUGGGUGGAGGGUGGCCAGUAUAGUUGUUUAUCUAAAAGUGAACAUCUGAAUAGUGGGUAUAAGUGGAGAUCACGGAUGCUUAAGGACACAACUGUCAUUUUUUAGGCUUGAUGUUGCCUUCUCCACUGCCCUACACUGGGCCACUGUUUUGUUGCUUUAAUGCUGUUAUUUUAAAAUUUUUAACCUUGCUCAAUGUCCUGGAGUUUACCCAACCAGUUUUACCUCCAAGGAAAGAGCUAAACCAUUAAAAAAAUAAAGAUCUCACUCUCCCCAUCUUCAACUCAGCCUCAAUUAGUUCAUUUAAUUUUUACCAUUCAUGGAAAAUCUGAUAUAAACUUGAAGGGUAAACAUCAUGAAUCCAUUCUUUAUCACCAAAUCUUAGAUUAUUAGAAAGGGAAUGUGGCAGUUUAUCAAAGAAGCUAGUUGGCCUUCUUUGUCUUAAACCUUACCUUUGU